AUGUCUCAAGAAUUUACUGACUUUGUCAUCUCUUCAAUGGGACCCAAAACAACUCCAAGAGCACGUUGUGUUAUUGGCUCGUUGAUACAACAUAUCCAUGACUUUACAAGAGAAAAUUACGUAACUGUCGAUGAAUGGUUAUAUGGUGUUGAGUUCAUCAAUAAAAUAGGUCAUAUGUCUGAUGAAAGAAGAAAUGAAGGUAUUUUGGUAUCUGAUGUUUUAGGUCUUGAGACUUUGGUCGAUAUUCAAACCCACAAAUUGGACCACAUUAAGAAAACUUCAUCUGCUAUUAUUGGCCCAUUUUACAGACCAAAUUCUCCAAUUUACAGAAAUGGUGAAUCUAUUAUUCAAAAGGAAGUCGGUGGUGUAAAAGCUUUUGUUCAUGGUAGAAUCACUGAUCCUGAAGGUAAGCCGUUACCAGGUGCCAAAGUUGAAGUCUGGCACUGUGCUCCAAAUGGUUUGUAUGAACAACAAGACGAUGAGCAGCCAGAUUAUAAUCUAAGAGGUACAUUUAUUGCAGAUGAGCAAGGUUAUUACUCAUACACCUGUUUAAGACCUACUUCUUAUCCUAUCCCUUAUGAUGGUCCAGCUGGUGAUUUGUUACAAUUUAUGGAUAGACAUCCCAACAGACCAAGUCAUAUUCACUGGAGGGUUUCAUACCCAGAAUAUCAUGACUUGAUAACUCAAAUUUACGAUUCUGAGUGUCCUUAUACCAAAGAUGAUUCUGUUUUUGCUGUUAAAGAUGAUUGCAUUGUAAACUUCACUCCAAUCGACAAGAUUGAUAUUUCAACUACAAAUAAUCAUGUCAAAUCUCUCCAAGAAUUGAAAGCCAGAGACAUUGAAGUCGAGUUGCACUAUAACAUUUCCUUGCCUUUAGAAAAAGAUAUGGUAGAUGAUAGAAAGAAGGUUGAAGCUAAACAACUUGAACUUGAAAAGGCUUAUUUUGAGAAAUAUGCAAAUUUUGCUAGAGAUCUUGAUAUUUCAAAACUCUCCAUAAAUGAAAAACCCUCAACUGAUGAAAAGCCUUCAGUUAACGAAAAACUUUCAACUGAACAUGUUGAAAAUGUUCAACAUGUUCAACAUGAGAUUUUAUAA